ACCACAACAACCUCCACCAGCAACAAAAGCGAAGCUCGCCGGAGAAAGAAGCGUCGAAGAUGUCGGGCCGCGGCAAGGGAGGGAAGGGGCUGGGCAAGGGCGGCGCCAAGCGCCACCGGAAGGUGCUGCGCGACAACAUCCAGGGCAUCACCAAGCCGGCCAUCCGCCGUCUGGCUCGCCGUGGAGGCGUGAAGCGCAUCUCGGGGCUCAUCUACGAGGAGACCCGGGGCGUGCUCAAGAUCUUCCUCGAGAACGUCAUCCGCGAUGCCGUCACCUACACCGAGCACGCCCGCCGCAAGACCGUCACCGCCAUGGACGUCGUCUACGCCCUCAAGCGCCAGGGACGCACCCUCUACGGAUUCGGCGGCUAGGCCCCCA